CAAUCAUUUUACUUCACUGAACAACACAACUGUGGAAUCCACUACCCGCAUUAUCGCACGUUACCAUGGCAAUAGGAGAGCGUCACGGUGGACGAGUCCAUUCCGGUAUCGGGAGAGCUGGAUCGACAUAAAAACAAAUAAAAGCCCACACCAUCGCUCCGCACCACACCCAUAUCUUUUAGCUUUAACCUUGAGAGUUGUGAGAUUAGAGGCAGUUAUAAAGCUUGUCUCUGUGUUUAUGUGCUCGAGUCUGUGUGCUUGUGUGCGCGGUGGUUUGCGCUGAGGGAAGAUGGCGGCGGCUGCGUCAGUGAUCAGAUUAAACCGCUGCUGCUAAAUCUCUAUUUUCACCUCGUGUGUUUUCUAAUUGUUUGUUUGUGUUGAAUUGUACUAUUGUUGUGGUGAUGUCGGACUCAGAGGAAGAGAUUCAGGAGCGACAGCUGAAGAUCGUUCUGCUGGGAGACGGAGCAUCUGGAAAGACAUCUCUCUCCACCCGGUUCGCACAAGAGGCAUUUGGGAAACAGUAUAAACAGACAAUAGGGCUGGACUUCUUCCUCAAGAGAAUCACUCUGCCAGGAAAUCUGAAUGUUACCCUACAGGUGUGGGACAUUGGAGGACAGACAAUUGGAGGAAAAAUGCUGGACAAGUACAUCUAUGGAGCACAGGGCGUGCUCCUGGUGUAUGACAUCACUAAUUCUCAGAGUUUUGAGAAUCUUGAAGACUGGUUAAAUGUGGUGAGAAAAACCAAUGAAGAGUCUGACACACAACCUGCGAUAUCACUGAUCGGAAACAAGAUUGAUCUGGAACACAUGCGGACAGUAAAGAUGGAAAAGCAUCAACGAUUUUGUCAGGAGAAUGGACUCAUCAGUCAGUUUGUGUCUGCAAAAACUGGAGACUCUGUGUGUCUCUGUUUUCAAAGACUGGCAGCAGAGAUUUUAGGCAUUAAGCUGAGUAAAGCAGAGAUGGAGCAGUCACAGCACGUGGUGAAAGCAAACAUAGUGAACUACAGUCAGGAAUCGGUGGCACGACCGGUCAACCCUCCACGCAGUUCCAUGUGUAACGUACAGUGACUACGAUACAUCAUCUUUGUCAUCUCUGUCACUCUGUGUCUGUGAUGUAAAAGUGUUGUGUGUAACAGAGAUCUGUCAUGAGUACAGAUGAGGCGAGACAUUUAAUUCACUCUCAUUCAGAGCUGAUCCACAGAUUCUGCUGUGACCUUUACAGUUUACAAUUGUUUCUUUGUUUUCUCUUUUGCCAAUUAGAUAUUGUACAUUAUUGAAAACAGCUUUUGAAUGAGAGUAGAUCAGAGUUUUAUCUGUUAUUUAUCAGAUAAAUGAGACAGACACUCAUUAGAGAAAACAGAUUAUUUACUUUUUUUCAGAUGAAGUAUUUUUAUGACCAUUUAGAUCUGACACCUGCAUAAGAAAUCCUUUACCUUUGACAUCUUGUGCUCAGACAUCAUUCUGAAAAAUAAAUAUUUCUGUCAAAAUCAACAGUGCUUUAUAGGCAGAAUAUAUACGCAAAUACAUAAUAGAGUUCACAAAUGAAAAAUGAUUUAUAAAGAAAAUAUGUGUUACUUUAUUUUUUUGCUUCAUAUUUAUUGAACUGCAAAUGAAUAAACUUCUAGAUUUCGUCACUUUUUUUAAUUCAGAAAAAUAUUCUCUGAAACAAAUUAGAAUUGGCUGUUUAGUGUGGUAUGCAUUAUUGCUUUUUGUUUUGCAAUUUGUAGAAACUUUACUAUGAAGCAGAAAUUUUGUAAUUUAACUGUAAAGUAAUACCUUCAAAAAUCCUUGUAUGUUCCAAAAAUCAUUAUAAGACUGAUGUUCGAUGUUUUUAAGUAUUUGGGUCCAGUAAUCAGCAGAAAAGGACUUGGGUGCCUUUCAGCUUUGUUUGUUUUUAUUUUUUGGGACAUCAGGAUUGUCUCUGUACUUUACCAUUAUACGAUACAACAUUGUAUUUAAACACUGAAUGUAUUUGCAAAAACAAUUACACUGUAAAAAAUUUGCUGUAGUUAUGCAGCUGUUUGCCAGUAACUUACUGUAGAUAUAAAUGUAUGUUAUUUACUGUAUGACUGUUUGACAGUUUGUUCAAAGCUAAAUCAACAUUAGUCUUUGACUUUACAGAAUAAAACUAUAAAAUAACAGCCUCAUGCAAAGCAUUCUGGAAACCAGAAAUCCUCAUAAACCUUUUUUCUUUUUUUCUUCAGAUUUUCAUUCCCAGAAUGCUUUGAAUAAGGCUGUUAUUUAGUUUAAUUCUGUAAAGAUAAAGACUGUUUAAUGUUAAUUUAACUUUAAACAAAGUGUUGCCAGUAAAUAACAUUAAUUUUAAUUUACAGUAAGUUACUGGCUAACAUCUGCACUGUAACUUCUACAGAAUUUUGAACAGUGAAGCUUCUUCGGGUGUAAAAUGUUGUAGGCUCUCUGAGUUUAGUAAUAAAUGUCAAAAGACACAUUCAAAUCGA